AUGCUGCCACAGCCAAAUAACCCAAAUGCAUCAUGGGAAAGUAAAUACAAUGAUUUCGUCAAGAAAAACCCAAGACCAGCCAGGUCGGAGGCUGAGUUUAUCUGGGAUGAAAAAUACAAUGGCUUCCUCAUCAGUAAUCCAAAGCCACUGAGGCCCGAGGAUCAGGUUUCCUGGGAACAAAAAUACAAUGCCUUCCUCGUGAUUCAUCCGAAGCCACUGAAAUCGCACGCUCAGGUUUUAUGGGAUUUGUCAUACAAUGCCUUCCUCAAGAGAAAUCAAAAGCCACCACCACCGGCCCAUGAUCAUCAUAAUCAGCCUCCUCCUCCUCAUCUCACUACGUAUCAAAAUUACAAUAAUAAUAAUGCCUCCUCGCUGCUUCUCAAUAAUAAUAAUAAUAGUUAUCCAAAUUACAAUAAUGCCUUGUGGAAUCAAUUAUACAGUAGUAGUCAUUACUACUACUACAACAACAACAGGAAUCCUCGUCCAUAUCCCUAUACUCCUAUAUCCAGCAACGUUUUCACUAAUAAUAAUAAUAAUGCCAUCUUUACGCCGCUUUCACCCAUAACUAAUCAACAACUUGUUACUAUGCCUUCAACAAAAAAUGGCGUGGAUGCGCUGCGUGGUCCUGACGGUCAGCUUCCGCAGAAGUUGAAGAGUAUACCGGUUUACCUUAUUGAGAAGAUUUGUAAUGAGAUAAUGGACGGAGAUCCAAAUAUUCAAUGGGAUGAUAUUGCUGGAUUGGAGCAUGCUAAAAAAUGUGUAAAUGAGAUGGUCAUAUUGCCUAUGUUACGGCCUGAUAUUUUUACAGGAUGCCGUUCUACAGGACGAGGGCUUCUUCUAUUUGGUCCCCCUGGAACCGGUAAAACAAUGAUAGGUAAAGCUAUUGCUGCAGAGGCUAAAGCCACAUUUUUCUACAUAUCUUCAAGUUCAUUAACCAGCAAAUGGGUACGUACUAAUGAAAACUUAGUGAGGGCGCUUUUUGGGGUUGCCAGUUGUCGACAGCCAGCAGUAAUAUUUUUGGAUGAAAUAGAUUCGCUGUUGUCCAAGCGGAACUCAAAUGACCAUCAGGGAAUCAGGGCACAAAAGACACAGCUUCUCAUAGAAAUGGAUGGAUUUGCCAGUGGAAAUGAUCAAGUUCUAGUCAUAGAAGCAACAAACAGACCACAAGAUCUAGAUGAGGCAGCUAUGAGAAGACUUACCAAGCGAUUUUAUGUUCCACUCCCUUCCUCAGAAGCAAGAGCCUGCAUAAUAUGUAACCUAUUGAAGAAGGAUGGACUUUUGGAACUCUCACCAGAAGAUAUCGAUAGCAUAUGCAAAUUAACAGAAGGCUAUUCGGGAUCUGACAUGAAAAUUUUUGUGAAAGACGCUGCCAUGGGUCCAGUGAGAGAGGCUUUGAAAGAAUGCACGGAUCCUGCCAAACUAAUAAAGGACCAAUUAAGGCCAGUUACUAUGCAGGUAUGUCGUUAUAAGUGCCUCAUUUCUCAGAUUUUAGAUAUUAAGAUACUUUCAAAUUCCUCCUAA